AUGAUAUCAAGCCAAAAUCCCCUAAAAGAGAAGCUUAUCCCCUUUGAUUAAGAAGAGAGUGCUAAAAACAUAGAAAAAAAGGAAAACAGCUGCGAUUUCGUUUUACCAGAUGAUGUUCAAGAAGAAGGCAUUAUUAAAAGUAUUGAAGCAUAUGAAAUCUCAAAUAUCAAGUUGAUUUUCUCUUACUUUUUAUUUGUAUUUAGUGGAGGUAUCUUGUACCUGUUUUCAAGAUGGCAAAUUAACUUCAAAAUUAUGAUUUAAAUGAAAUCAUGCGAUUAAUCAAAAGCCAGAUUCUUAAAGAUUACAUCUGGAGAUGAUGUAGAAACAUUGGAAACAGUAGUGAUCAAAGAAAUGAAUAUAGACAAUAAGCUUAAGGAAUAUCUUACAUUUACAUUUAGAUUAUAUUCAUACUACUAUGACGAUUUGUAGAAUUCUUUUCAUCCAAUAUAAUUUGCACUCAAUAGAAAAACUAAUAAUGAAAUUCAUACUUAAUAUGGUAGAGGAAUUAAGGAUUAAGAAAGUUUGGAUUAGCUUAAAUCUAUUUAUGGACUUAACAACACCGAAAUACCUGAUAAAACAACAGUAAAAAUACUAUUUGAUGAAGUGCUCUCUCCUUUCUAUCUAUUUUAAUUAUUCAGUUUUGUUCUAUGGUUUAUAUUACCUUAUUAUUAUUAUGCUACUAUUAUUUUAGUUACUUCAGUUUUUUCUGCUGUAAUCAAUCUAUUAGAAGCAAAAAAUAAUUACUCUAAACUUAAAAAAAUGAGUUACUUUGAAACACCUGUUUAUGUUUAUAGAUGCAUUUAAGAUUAUAUUAUCCAGGGAUAAGGGAUGCUAAAUAUAGCAUUGGAAAUUAUAAAGAAAAGAUAGGAAAUAUCCUCUAUUCAUUUAGUUCCUGGUGAUAUCAUAGAAAUUACAGAUGGUUAAAUUAUGCCUUGUGAUGUUAUUUUGCUAAAUGGAUCAUGUAUUAUGAAUGAAUCUAUGCUUACGGGAGAGUCUAUUCCUAUUAUGAAAUCUUCUUUACCAUACAACAAUAAUUAUUAUAGUUCUUAAGAAGAAGGCAAGUAAUCUACAUUAUUUGCUGGCACCAAAUGUAUCGAGACAAGAUAUUACAUGAAGGGUAAGAUUCCUGUGCUUGGUUUGGUUAGUCAGACUAGCUUUAACACAAUGAAAGGGUAACUGGUUAGAUCAAUUUUAUACCCUAAAAGUAACUCCUUUUCGUUUUAUGUUGACUCUCUCAAAUUUAUUGCUUGCAUGGCUGUCAUGUCAGUCUUGGGUUUUAUUUAUUCUCUUCCAGAUCAAAUUUAGGGUCUCAGAGAAGGAUUUGUUGAUCCUAGAGACAUGUUUUUGCAUUCCCUCGAUCUUGUUACUAUAACUGUUCCUCCUGCACUACCAACUUGUCUUUCAGUUGGUAUAUCGUUUGCAAUAAACAGAUUAAAGAAUCAUAAAAUAUUUUGCAUAUCUCCACCAAAGGUUAAUAUUUCUGGUAAAGUUACUAUUAUGUGCUUUGAUAAGACAGGUACUCUCACAGAAGAAGGCUUAGAUAUGUAUGGUGUUCGUCCAAUUUGUUACAAUUCUCCAAACAAUGUAAAAUUUUUAAAGCUGGUUGAAGAUACUAAGGAUUUAGGCAAGAAUAAGAAAGUGAAAUUAAGUACAAUAGCUGAAGAUGAGUCAAUUUAUGGAGAAUAAAAUCCUUUUUCAUUUGUAGGAGAUCCUGAGAUAGUUUUAAAAGAAUGCAUGGCUAGUUGUCAUGGCAUUACUAGAGUAAAAGGAGAACUUAUUGGUGAUCCUUUAGAAGUGAAAAUGUUUGAAGCUACCUAAUGGGAAUUAAUUGAAAAUGACAUGGGAAAGUAUGAUGAAUUGGUACUCGCUAUUGUGCAACCUACAUAAAAGGAAGAGUUAUUCAACAACGAUGUGAAUACAAUUGAAAAAUCUAUAAUUAAGAAAACACUCCCUACAUCGAUUGGUAUUAUCAAAAGAUUUGAAUUUUCUUCUAAGCUUUAAAGAAUGAGUACAAUCGUCCGUAAUUUAUCAAAUGAUACCGACUUUUUUAGAUUGCAUGUCAAAGGCUCUCCUGAAAAAAUCUUUGAACUUUCACGUCCAUCUUCUAUUCCUCAUAACUUCCAUAAAGUACUUGACUUUUAUGCUAGAAAGGGAUUUAGAGUGUUGGCGUUUGGUAUUAGAAUGUUAAAAAUGACAUAUAGAAAACUUUAAAAAAUGGAUAGGGAAGAUUUAGAAAAAGAUUUAAUAUUCACUGGCUUGCUUAUCAUGGAGAAUAAACUUAAACCUAUAACAACUGAAAUUAUUGAUAAACUUUCUCAUGCUAAUAUCAGAACUAUUAUGGUAACAGGUGAUAAUGCUCUGACUGCUAUAUCUGUGGGAAGAUAAUGUAAUAUAGUAAGAUAAGACAUGAGAGUAUAUUUUGGAGAUUUGCAAGAUGACCCUGAUAAUCCAGAUGAACAAUACAUUGAAUGGAAAGAUUUUGAAAUGGGUGAUAAAGUUUUGGAUGAAGAUAACUUAUAGCCUGUUGGAGGAGUUGCUUAAUAUUAAGAAGAAGGAGUUCCAGAAAUCAAAGAAGAAAAAGAACUAUUCGAAGAAUUAGAAAUUAUUGAGCAUAAUGAAAAAAUUAUUUCUAGCAGUCGUAAUAGCAUAAAGAGUCCUUUUAGCGCACUUACUGGAAAUAAUAGGAGAUCUCUCUUUAAUUAACUUUAAAAGCUUAGAAAAUCUGGAGGUGUCCCGUCUACUUUAGAUUUACCAGAUAUUUUGAAUCAUGAUGAUAAUAAUGAAGAUAAAGAAGAGCAAGGAAAUGAAGAAGUACCUGAAAAAGAAGAAAUGCAGGCUCUCGUUUACACAGAUAUUAAUAUGCUUGCAAAAUACAAGGAACAAUAAGUGCCAUGGGUUAAUCAAGAAGCUUUCGCUCUUGCUAUAACAGGUAGAGCUUUUUCUAAGAUAAUUUCUGAGGCUGAUUAGAGUGAGGCUAAAACUCAGUUAGCAGAAACUAUGCUUCAAAGAACAUAAAUAUUUGCAAGAAUGAAGCCUGAUGAAAAAGCUCAAUUGCUAUAAUCGCUGUAAAAACUACCUUGGAAGCCAACUUGUGGUAUGUGCGGAGACGGUGCUAAUGACUGUGGUGCAUUAAAAACUGCAGACAUAGGAAUAUCAUUAUCAGAAGCAGAGGCCUCUAUCGCUGCUCCUUUUACUUCAAAAGUUUAAGAUAUAUCAUGUGUUAUUUCAUUAUUAAAAGAAGGAAGAGCUGCUUUAGUGACUAGUUUCUCGUGUUUUAAGUUUAUGGCAUUAUAUUCUAUGAUACAGUUUUUCACAACUACUCUCUUGUACACAGUGCAAUCACUUCCAGGUGACUUCCAGUUCUUAUAUUGGGAUGUUGUUAUCAUUCUUCCACUUGCUUUCUUUAUGGGAUUAACAGAUUCUUAUGAUAAACUAUCUAAAUAAGUUCCAGGUUCUAGCUUGGUUUCCUUUCCUGUCCUUUGCUCAGUUAUUGGUUAAGUUGCAAUAAACGGUUUAUUCUAAAUUUAUUUAUUCUUCACACUUAAAAGUCAAAGUUGGUACUUAUCUGUAAAGCAAGCUCAUUCAUAUAUUGGUGACUUAGAUGAACUUGAUGGUAGAAAAUCUUGCUAUGAAUCCACGACCUUGUUCUUCUUUACAAAUUUUCAAUACGUAGCAACUUGUUUGUCUUUUUCAAUUGGUAAACCUUUCAAAAAGCCCUUUUACACUAAUAAAUAUUUCACUGGGUCUGUGAUAGGGAUACUCUUGAUUGGAAUCUAUGUACAACUCUUUUAUGAUCCCUUUACAAAAUACAUGCUAGAUAUAUUUGACAAAGUCUAGAGAGACGAUGAAGAACCUAUUUCUGUGAUGCCAAAAUCUUGGAAUUACUAUUGCUUAUAUCUGUCUGGAAUUAAUUUUGUUGUCUGCAUAUUCUUUGAGAGGUUUGUUUUAAGGUUCUUAACAUUCUUAUAUUUGAAAGUAAAAGGACAAAAUAUUAAAUAAAUAACUACUUUAUAACCACAAAAGAAACAUUGA